AUGGAAGAAGUAGCUCAGAAUGAGGAAGAAACUACAGGCUCAGACCCAGUUGCAACACCUGAGGAAACCUCAAGCUCCAACGAGAGCUUAUCCUCAAGUCCUAAUGAGAGCCUAUUCUCAAGUCCCAAGGAAAGCUUAUCUAGCAACAUGGAACUAGAUCCUUUAACCACUAUCACUAAUACAAACCUUGAAGUUAAUAAAACAACGGCCAAUCUAAACAAUGAAAUAGAGGAAUCUAACAUUAACUCUAUGGAACAGGAUGAAACUCCUUUCACAACGGUAGUAGCAAGAAAAUACAAAGGCAAAAGCUUUAAAAAGAACAAUCAGCACAAGACCCAGCUAUAUGGAACACCAGGAAGUUCUAAGCAGAACUUUCUGGGACCUAAGAAUUAUCACUAA